CAGACGGUUUCUGUGGAUGCUCUUACAAAGUCAUCCCUUUCUCCGAAUUUGUCUCUUUAUAACUAAAACUAUUGAUUUGGAAGCAAAGUGUCAACAUAAAUCAUGACUCCUACCGGGUCAGAUAUGUCCUGUGAUGAACAAAGAAGAGAUAUUCACACUGAGAUUGAGACCGCCUUGAAGCAGCGCAUCAUGAUAUUUGAUGGCGGAAUGGGAACCAUGAUUCAAAAUCAUCGGUUCGACGAGGAAGAUUUUCGAGGGACGGAAUUCACGGAGCAUCCCAAGUCACUCAGAGGAAAUAAUGAUCUGUUGUCACUUACUCAGCCAGAAGUGAUCUACAAAAUUCAUAAGGAUUAUCUAGAGGCUGGAGCAGACUUUAUUGAAACCAAUACUUUCAGUGGGACAACUAUUGCUCAAGCAGACUACGGACUUGAACACAUAGUCUACCGAUUAAAUUUUGAGUCUGCGAAAAUUGCAAGAAGGGCAGCUGAUGAUGUAGCACAGGACACAGGAAUCCCGAGAUAUGUGGCCGGUGCCCUUGGUCCGACAAACAGAACUCUUUCUAUAUCACCCUCAGUAGAGAAUCCAGAAUUCAGGAAUGUCUCUUUUGACCAGUUGGUUGAGGCAUACACUGAACAAGCUAGAGGCCUCCUUGACGGAGGUGCUGACGUCCUCUUGGUGGAGACAAUCUUUGACACAGCUAAUGCCAAGGCGGCACUUUAUGCCAUACAGCUCCUAUUCGAAACAGCGUACAAGGCUGUUCCAAUAUUCGUAUCUGGUACGAUUGUUGAUAAAAGUGGACGUACUCUCUCUGGGCAGACUGGGGAAGCCUUCGUUGCCAGUAUCUCGCAUUGCAAUCCUAUGUGUGUUGGUCUCAACUGUGCGUUAGGAGCGACAGAAAUGCGGCCAUUCAUAGAGACCAUAGGCCUCAACACAAAAUGUUAUGUGAUAUGUUAUCCAAAUGCCGGUCUGCCGAAUACCUUUGGUGAUUAUGAUGAAACUCCAGAAAUCACGGCCAUGCAGCUAAAGGAUUUUGCGGAGGGAGGUCUUGUUAACAUCGUUGGUGGAUGCUGUGGGACAACACCAGAACACAUCAAAGCUAUUGCUGACGCCGUGCGACCAUUCAAGCCAAGAGAACUUCCAGCCUCACUACAUGAAGAAAGUAUGACUCUUUCCGGCUUGGAACCCAUGUAUAUCAGUCCAUACACGUUAUUUGUGAAUAUAGGAGAGCGCUGCAAUGUUGCUGGGUCUAGGAAGUUCUGCAAGUUGAUCACAACGGGAAACUAUGAGGAAGCUCUUCAGAUAGCUAAAAAUCAGGUCGACAGUGGAGCACAGGUCCUCGAUAUAAAUAUGGACGAAGGCAUGUUAGACGGAAAAGCUGCCAUGACCAAAUUUGUAAACUUGAUAGCCUCGGAACCGGACAUAUCGCGUGUUCCACUAUGCAUCGACUCUUCCAAUUUUGCCGUGAUAGAAGCAGGGUUGAAGUGUGCUCAAGGAAAGUGUAUCGUAAACAGUAUUAGCUUGAAGGAGGGCGAAGAGGACUUCAUUGCGAAGGCUCGUACGAUCAAGCGUUAUGGAGCAGCUGUGGUCGUCAUGGCUUUUGAUGAGGAAGGCCAGGCAGCUGAUUGUAAGCGGAAGGUAGAAAUAUGUACACGAUCAUACAAUAUCCUUGUCGAGCAGGUUGGAUUCAAUCGCAAUGAUAUCAUCUUUGACCCAAACAUUCUGACCAUCGCAACGGGAAUGGAAGAACAUAACAACUACGGGGCUGAGUUUAUAGAAGCUACAAAAAUUAUCAAGAAAACACUACCAGGAUGUCGUAUUAGUGGGGGAGUGUCAAACUUUUCAUUUUCAUUCCGAGGGAAGGAGAAGAUCAGAGAAGCCAUGCACAGUGUAUUCUUGUACCAUGCUAUAAAGGCUGGUAUGGACAUGGGUAUAGUGAAUGCUGGAAGUCUGCCCCUCUACGAUGAUAUCGAACCUAAACUGCUAGAACUUUCGGAGAGCUUAUUGUGGAACACUGACCCGGAGGGGACUGAAAAAUUGCUCUUGUACGCUCAGAGUUUUGGGAAAACUGCCAAGAAGGAUGAAAAAGCUGAUUUGUGGAGGUCUUCUCCCGUUGAGGAGAGGCUGGAGUAUUCACUUGUCAAGGGUAUUGAUAAGUUUGUGGUUGAAGAUACAGAAGAAGCGAGGCAAAAUAAUGUGUUAUAUCCAAGACCUCUCAAUGUGAUAGAAGGUCCUCUUAUGAAGGGCAUGAGUAUCGUAGGAGACCUGUUUGGUGCCGGUAAAAUGUUCCUUCCCCAGGUCAUCAAGUCUGCAAGAGUCAUGAAAAAGGCAGUCGGCCAUCUUGUUCCGUUUAUGGAAAAAGAGAAGGAAGAGUCGAUGCUGGCCCAAGGAUUAACGUCGAGUGAACCAUCGUAUGUUGGAACACUCGUGAUCGCGACUGUCAAAGGGGAUGUCCAUGAUAUCGGGAAGAAUAUUGUCGGGGUUGUUUUGGGAUGUAAUAACUACAGGGUGAUUGACCUGGGCGUAAUGACACCGUGUGAGAAGAUUCUCGAGACAGCCAUAAACGUCAACGCUGAUUUCAUCGGUCUGUCUGGGCUAAUUACGCCGUCCCUUGACGAAAUGAUCCAUGUUGCUAAGGAGAUGGAACGUAUUGGCAUGAAGACGCCCCUACUCAUAGGUGGGGCUACUACCUCUAAAACUCAUACAGCUGUUAAGAUCUCACCGCGAUACUCCUCCCCAACUGUCCAUGUGCUUGAUGCUUCAAAGAGUGUUGUGGUGUGCUCUGCCCUCCUAGAUGAGAAUGCUAAUGAAGACUACGUGGAGGAGAUAAAAGAAGAAUAUGAAGACAUCAGAUCAGAUCAUUAUGAUUCACUCAAGGACCACAAGUAUCUACCUCUCCAAAAGGCUCGUGAAAGGAAACUCAGGAUCGACUGGAAAAGCGAUAGAAGUAUUGUAGUACCAACAUUCCUUGGGGUGAAACAAUUCCAUGACUACGAUAUCGAGUGUCUGAUACCAUAUAUAGAUUGGAAACCUUUCUUUGAUGUUUGGCAGCUGAGGGGGAAAUACCCAAAUAGGGGAUAUCCUAAAAUAUUUAAUGACAAAUCAGUGGGUGAGGAAGCAAAGAAGUUAUUUGACGAAGCCCAGGAGAUGUUGGAGACCAUCGUCAAUGAGAAACUGCUACAGGCGAAGGGUGUGAUCGGAUUCUAUAGAGCACAGUCAGUCGAUGACGAUAUUCAUGUCUAUGAUGAGAAUGAGACACAUAUAGAAACAUUGUAUGGCCUUCGACAACAGGCUGAGAAGGAUGUGCACUGUGAAGAUCCUUACACAUGCAUAUCAGACUUUGUGGCCCCCAGGGAGAGCGGUGUACAGGACUAUGUUGGCAUGUUUGCUGUCAGUGUCGGAUUUGGAGUUCCUAAACUAUGUAGCAAGUACGAAGAACAGUUUGAUGAUUACAGUAUCAUUAUGGUGAAGGCUCUCGCUGACAGACUGGCAGAGGCAUUUGCUGAGGAAAUGCAUGAGAGGGUCCGAAAAGAUUACUGGGGGUACUGCUCAGAUGAACAGAUGGAAUCACAAGAUCUUCAUCGGAUAAAAUACCAGGGUAUACGUCCAGCCCCAGGCUAUCCCAGUCAACCAGACCACCUGGAGAAACAAACCAUGUGGCGCCUGAUGCAAGCAGAUGAUGUUGACAUCACACUUACAGAAUCCCUUGCCAUGGACCCGGCCGCUUCAGUCUCUGGACUCUAUUUUGCUCAUCCAAAGUCCAACUACUUCGCGGUUGGAAAGAUUGAUAAAGACCAGAUUCUUGAUUAUUCACAAAGGAAAGGAGAGUCGGUGGAGAAAAUGGAGAAAUGGUUGGGACCAAAUCUUUCAUAUGAAGCAGAGUGAAGACACUGGACCAAAAGCCUUUAGAAGUUUUUUUCUUUAGUCGGGGAAUAACAUUGAAAGAGAUGUCACUGACUAGCAGUAUUGAGGAUCACUUAUAUUAGGUGCUGGGUAAAUAACUUGAAAUAUUUUAGUGAAAUUGACAAAAUGGACAGGGUCUGGGUCGUUUUUAACUCUUUGGUCAUGGGGACAGUAGGGGCUGGUCAGUGACCCUGAAUGUGCCAUAGGCUCGGGAAAGAAAGGAGUGGGAACCAUUCCAAAAUCAUGCCGGGCAACUACUAAAAGUCCGACGGUUGGGCGGGCCGCGUGAGCCCAGACCCCGCGCGGGAUUGAGUGAUUAAGUCCUCGGGAAGUGAACAAGACAGAGAACAGUUUUACAUCACCUGCAAUGGCAUCUUCACAGUUACCAAAGUAUCUUCCAGAAUCCAUAUAAAAAGGGCCUAUCACAGCUGAUAAUUUAUGAUGUUUAGAAUGUUAGAAAUGAUAAUGUCAUUGUUGCCAAGGUUUAUGUUGAUGAAUGAUUGAUGAAGUUUGCACUAGAGUUGAUGUCCCCUCGCAAUGGUCUCAGUCAUUGUUGAGUUGUGGAAACUCAGACACUAGGUAGCAUCAAGAAUUAGUAAAGGUUAGUUUUUAUUAAUCCUUUGUAGCACAUUAUAGGACUUUCCAAUGACUGAGACGGUCGCAGAAAGACAACAUCACAAGUGGAUGCAAAAUUUGACCAAUUUUAUCUGUGAUGAAAAAGUUCCUGACCAUUGUUGACACAGGCUGAAUGCAGAAAAAGAUGAAUUGUCAAGUAAUAACAUUUUAUUCAUGCUGCAAGAUUAAGCUGGGAUAUACAGUGUAUGGAAAAAUAUAAUCAUCAAAUAAGAUAUUUAUGUUAUUCAAUGGAA